AAGGCUCAAGAUCAUCCUCAUCCCUUUUUUUCGUCGGCUCAAGAGAAGCUCAAUCUAGCUUUGAACACGUGUCACAGGCAGUCGUUGCCUGCGAAAAGAACAUGCUCCAAAUUCCGCUGGUGGUGACCUUGCUCCUGGUGCACUCCUUUGCCCACCGCAUCGAGCGCUUGGAGGCUUCGAUGGAGCACCAGGACACGGGUGACGCGGCUACUCCGUGGUGGCUCAAGAAGAAGACGUGGAAGCUCCUGAAAGGUAAUGAGACCGUGAAUGAGGUGGACAAGAAAGGAUACACCAUUUUGCACUAUGCUGUGAUGAAUGGCGACGCGACCUUCGUGGAAGAGCUACUUGCGGCUGGCGCGGAUGUGAAUGCCCAGAACCCUCAAAAUGGAAAGACCGCGGUCUAUAUGGCAGUUGGAGAUGAGGACCUCGACAUCAUGAAAACUCUCAUCAAAGCUGGUGCUGAUGUGAAUCGCCAGACCUCCUACUUCAAGCUGACGCCCUUGGCUCGUGCCGUGCGCGACCGGAAGCCGGACUUCGUGCAGCCCCUGUUGGAUGCGAAGGCCGAUGUGAACCUGAAGGAUUACGAGGGCAACCCACCCUUGUUCAGGGCCGUCCGGCAGGAUGUGGGCCUCGCCAAGGAUCUCAUCAAGGCCAAGGCAGAUGUGAAUGUGAGGACCACCGAUGGUUCAGUGCUGCACACGGCGGCGGCCAGCGGCGAUGAGGGCGCGGCUCGACUCCUGCUGAAGGCCAAGGCCUUGCCGAAUGUCAAGAACUUCGACCGCGAGACGCCCUUGCACCUGGCGGCUAUGUACCGAAACCUGUACACCGAUGCAGUCACUGCUUUGCUCGCUGCCAAAGCGGAGGUCAAUGCCCACAACGGUGACGGAGAGACUCCCUUGGCAUGUGCCAUUCGACGUGGGAACCCCUUCACCGAGAGCAUCCUCAAAGCUGCUGGAGGUACCACCUGAAGGGAACGACCUGUGCUGACACGGCGACCGCACGGCGACCGCACGGCUCUGGGUGGAAGCCG